AUGAAAACCGAUAACUAUUUUAGAACUCUUACCUCGCAAAGAUCAACAUAUGUUUCAUCGGUUGGUGAUUUAGCAAAAAAACGAUCAGCUGUUUAUAUAACAUUCUUCUAUGAUUCGUAUCUUUCACCAAUUCCUUCAACUAAAGAAUUCGCAAUAAAUACGUAUAAUAAUAACCAAACCAUUCCAGAAAAUCGAACAACAAUAGGGCAUUAUGCUACCGGAGUCUUUUAUGAUCAAUUCUAUUGGCAUUGGGGACAUUUAAUACAUGAUUUCUUUAGUGCAAUUAUUCAUUUACCAAAAUCAGUUAUAGACCAUGGGUUUAUAACAAUAACCCCACCAUCUGGUAGGGAUAUGACAAACGAAUACCUCACCGCUUUCGGUUAUAAUACUAUACAACUUAUUGAUUUAACUCCAAAACAGCAAGUACAUGUUGAUAGCUUAAUUGUAUUGUCGUCAUUAUAUCAAUCUCAUGGAUAUUCAAUUGGAGGAAUAAAAAGGUUGAGAAAGCUUGUUUUUGAUAGAUAUGAUCUUCAUAACAUUAAACCUUACAAAUAUAGUUUAAUAAACAGACCAGGAAAAAAGAGAAUCAUUGCUAAUGUUCAAGAGCUCCUUGAUAGUUUGAAUAAAAACGUUCCAGUUGAUGGAAAAUGGAACGAAGAAAAAAUGAACAUUCAUGAUUUCAAUUCCACAGUUAAAAUAUGGUCUGUUGCUAAAGUUGUUGUUACUCCAUGCGGAUCUAGCUGUUAUAAUUCCAUUGCAAUGCAAGAAAUGACAGGAUUAUUGAUUAUGAUGUCCCACAUCUUAGAUGUCCCGAAUUUUGUGCUGGCUGCAGCAAGCAACAUUUGUUUAGUUGGCGUUGCAAAUCCACAGAUAAACCAUGACACUGAAAAACCAAUUCCUUGUAAUGUUGAUAUGAUGACGGCAGGUGCUUCAAGACUUCUGGAUUUGAUUCAAAAGGGACACACUUAUGAUUCACUAUUUUAUGUUCCAAAUGAAGUUAAAGUGCAGGAAUUUAAUGGAAUUGAAGUAAAAGAACUCAAAUUUUUGGAAUCAACAUAUGAAGAAACAAAAUUAUAUUAG